AUGCGGCUUUUACUCAAUCGCAAGUCGCGAUCGAGCAGUUCUCCGCCAAUUCUGACGGAGCCCGCUGAGGACGGCGGUGGGGGCGAUGAGCAGGACAAACAGCCCAAGGAUGAGGUGCCCAGCCCCCGGUCGCUCACCAUGGCAAUUCCACAUGCUAUGAAGCGCGGGCCGUCUCCCAUCAGCAUUUUCAAGAAAACGUCGGGCCGGCUUGGUGACGAGCUGUCGUUGGCGUCGCCAGCGUCGCGGGCGCUCGAGUCCACCACCCGGUCCGUCGAAACGUUCUCCGACAACCUGACCGACAGAGUCAAGAAGUCGGUAGAUGCGCUGCUGUCGCCGACUUCUGCGAUCAGAAACCUCAACAUCAGCGACGACGACUCCGCCAGCACCAAUUCCGCCGACAUCGGCGACUACGACGACGACGAGUACGACAGAGACCAUGGUCCCGAGCAAUUGGUAGCAGACGACGACGACGCUGCGUUUCCGAUCCGCCGCCACUCAAAUGUUCAAACAGACGUGGAGUCGUCCAUCAUCGGAGGCAACCCGGCCGGCGUGGAUUCCGACGAUCUGGACAACGACGAGACACCGGGUGAGAGUUUCUCGACACAGAAGAUCUUUUCGUUCUCGUUGCCGUUUGGCUCGAACGGGCCGUCCAAACAGAGCCGGCUGUCGUCGCUGCGGUCUGUGCUGAGUGCAGGGCGGCUGAAGGAAGAAUCUGACGAGAAGGAGCUCCAACGCGAGGAAAUCAGGGCCAAACUGUCGCGACAGGAGUCGAUCUCGACGCUCGAGGAGGCCCUGCUAUUUGAGGACGUGACGAAACUCCAGGAUAACAAGAUCGACGCGCUGAUCAAGUCGCUGCGGCCGGCCGCAAAGCUGCCGGUGAACACGUUGCUUCCGGACUAUUUGCGCAUCUUUGAGGAGUUCGAAGGCGACGUUAUUGUGCUUGGUGGCUACCGGGGCAGCAUUUUGCGGGACUCGGUCACGAAACGGCGUGCGUGGAUUCCUGUGCUCAAGGCCGGGCUCAACAUCAAGAAGAUCGAUCUGUUGCUUGGUCCGAACGACGAGGACGAGCUCAACGCCGAGGAGAAGAUCUAUGCGGAUGGCAUACUGUCGCACAUCGGCCCGGUGGACAUUUGCAAGAAACUGCUCACCACCUUGGAGGCCAACCCGAAGAUCAAACUGCACAACUUCGGGUACGACUGGCGGUUGUCGCUGGACAUCCCGGCCGCGCAAUUGCACGAGCUGUUGAAACAGAUCAAGGCGCGCAGCAAGAAAGGAGCGCUGAUCAUCGCACACUCGAUGGGCGGGCUUGUGUCGCACUCGGCCAUGAUCAAGGACCCGUCGCUCGUGCGCGGGAUCAUCUACGUGGGGACGCCUGCUCCGUGUGCCAAUAUCAUGGGCCCGCUGCGGUUCGCAGACCACAUUCUGCUGUGCAAGGACCUGCUCACCUCGGAGGUCAACUUCAUGAUGCGGUCGUCGUUUGUAUUCAUGCCACGCAACGGCGAGCUGUUCAAGGACAAAAACACCGGCGAGUUGUACAACGUGGACUUCUUCGACCCCAAGAACUGGAUCGAGUACAACCUGAGUCCGAUCGUGAGCUCGAUCCGCCUGGCCCAGGAGGCCGGCCAGCCUGUGCCGUUGCACGUGAAACAGCAGACCAAGUUUGCCAUUUCGUUCGAGGAAGCGUACAAGUACCUGUGUCGGACGUUGAAGCGCACGACGGAGUUUCUGGACUCGUUGGAGUACGACGAGUCGCUCGAAUACCCGCCCAUGGCCGUCGUGUACGGCAACACGGUACCAUCCGUGCGGUACUCGCUCGUGGACGGCAUCGACGAGGUCAAGCAGGGCAAGUACUACCAUUUCUUCUACGGUCCAGGCGACGGAGUCACCAACCAGAAAUGGGUGUUCCCCGAGAACCGCGGGUUCCCGCUCGUGGGCAAGUUCAACUCGCACAAGGGCCACGUUGCCCUGCUGACCGACCUCGAGAGCGUGGGCAAGGCCAUGCUGGCCAUCGUGCGCGCGGAGCAGCAGAAUUAG